UGAAUCUCUGGAGAGAAGUUUUCAGUAGCUGUUUAUGUUGCCAUGUUGAUGACAUCACUUCCCGAUCUUUGAUGUCACUAGACUCCAGAAUUUGUCUGUUCUUUGGGGUGGAAUCUCUCAAGCCUGAAGAGAAGCCCGUGCUGCUGUGCUGACUCUCUGAGCCACUGAAGCCAGCCAGCUCCAGGGGGUGAUGGGACUCCCCUCAUUUCUACCCUUCCCAGCUGCUGAGAGUGACCUAGCUGAUUACCUGCCCUCCCACCCUUUGGGCCAUAUGCUACUGUGGACAGCUCUGCUAUUCCUGGCACCUGUCUCCGGGACCCCUGCAGAUCUCCCAAAGGCUGUGUUGCAACUUGAGCCCCCAUGGAUCAACGUGUUCCAGGAUGAGUACGUGACUCUGAAGUGCCAGGGGCCCUCCAGCCCUGGGGAGCACACCACCCAGUGGUUCUUCAAUGGGAGCACCAUUCCGACCCAGGUCCAGCCCAGCUAUCGCUUUAAGGCCAGAAACAAUGAUAGCGGGGAGUACAAGUGCCGGACGGGCCAGACGAGCCUCAGCGAUCCCGUGCAUCUGGGCGUGUUUUCCGAUUGGCUGCUGCUCCAGACCUCUCGCCAGGUGUUCCAGGAGGGAGAGCCCAUUGUGCUGAAGUGCCACAGCUGGAGGAACAUGCCUCUGUUCAAGAUUACGUACUACCAGAAUGAAAAAUCCAAGAAGUUUUUCUUUAAGGAGACAAACUUCAGCAUCCCACAAGCCAACCACAGUCACAGUGGGGAUUACCAUUGCACAGCAGUGAUUGGGAAGAGACAAGUCUCCUCACAGCCUGUGACCAUCACUGUCCAAGGGCCCACCUUGCACAUUUCUUCACUGGUGAUUUCUGUGGUCUCUGGGAUUGUGGCACUGGCCACUGUCAUUGCUCUGGUAACCUUGUUCUACCUCCGACGAAAGCGGACUUCAGCUCUCCCGGGAAACCCCGAGCACAGGGAAAUGGGAGAGACUCUCCCAGAGGAACCAGUCUAUGUCAGUGAUGCUGAAGAGACUGCCAAAGUCGAGGCUGAGAAAACAAUCACCUAUUCCCUUCUCAAUCACCUGGAAACUGCAGAGGAAGAAACAGGGUCUCCGAAUUACGAGGAAGACAUAAAUUUCCCGGAUUAUGAAAACCAAGCUUAGUCUCCACUAUCUUUCUCUGGGAUUUGGGGAAGAGAAUCUGUCAGGGGAGGAUUUGGUAUUUCCUGGCCUGCAUUCCAGUUGGGGAGGACAAGAGCUGCUGCAGUCACAAGGAAGGAGGAGGGUGUUUUCAGAAUUACCUGCGUGAGUCCUGAAGCACGCUGCCCGGAAAGCAACAGACGACACAGUGCUGCAUGUGCCCCAGCACUUCUCGUCAUCAAGACUCUUCUGUUCAUACAUCCAUGCAGCCAAGAAAAUUACAUUCAUUAAGAGAUUGUAGCAACAAGGGAAAUCCUUACCUUAUAGAUUAUAUGAAAAAAUUAUAUGAGUAAACAUGAUCUCAAAAAUGUUAAAAUAGACUAACAUAUACCAAAAUGUUAAAAGAAGUUGUUUCAGGGGGAAUUAUCAGUGAUUUUUAUUUUCUUUCCUUAUUUUUCUAUGAUCAUGUAUUGCUGUUAUAGAAUUAUAAAACACAUUCCCUUUACUUUUUGAAGUCUGCACUGGUUGGAACGAAGGCUGAACUAUCUGGGGUCAGUUUCUUUUCAGUAAUAAGAAUCUUGGGAGAGAGGUGAUGUUUAGAAGGUCGGGGAGAGGGUACAUUGGGGUUUGGAGUGUAGGAUGAGUGACCCUCUUCUUAAAACUAAUAUUCUUCUUCAAUGAACUUGUCCUCUUGUUUCCAUGUCUUCUUCCCCUUACUCCCAUGGCCAAAACAAUUGCUUUGAUUUGCAACAUGAGCUCUCAGGAAGACAAGCUUAAGAUGAGUACCCAGGGGGGAGGGCUGAGUCUUCGGGCUCUGGGGUCCUCCCAUUUAAUUACCAGGAGGAGGGGAGGUUCUCAGAGAGGCCAUCCCUGGCAGGUUAGAGUCGUGACUGACAGCUUCCUUAAGGGGUUUGGUGGCUGCCCUUGGAGAGGGCUCGUUUUCCUGGCACUCUUAUACAAUCUGUGCCACAUUUGUCUUGCAUUCAGGAUUCAACGGCUUCCUUGGUUGGGUGGUUUCCAUAGCUUUGUAUGAUACUCACAUCUUAUAGUCCUGCCACCAAGCUUCAGGCUUGCAUUUCAUUACAAUAAAAAAUAGUAAUUACAAUUACUGGAUUAUUGAGGGCUUACUUUGUGCCAAACUACAUGCUUUAGAAUUAGAAAAUUUAAGAUUGUUAACCAUUUAUACUUCUUCUUUUGUGAUUUUCCUGUCCAUAUAUACUUUGCUUAUUUUUAUGGUAGCAGUGUAUGUCCCUUUAUGUUGCAUAGUAGCAACUCAUUCUUUCUUUAUAUAUACACUAAUAAUAUAUUCUUUAUAUGAUUAAAAAUAUGGAUAAGCAAAAAAGUUAAUUAAAAUCACUGAUAAACCAGAAAUAAUCAAUGCUAACAUUUAGAGUAUAUCAAUCCACAUUCUUAUAUUGGUAAUAUACAUUAUAUAAGUAAAUGUAUUUUUAAAAAUUGGAUCAUAUUAUAUCUUUUACAUGUUCAUAAAUACAGUUAGGCAAAACUUUAUGCUCAUUUUAAAGGCUUAAAUAAUACAAAAAUAUAAAGAGUAUAAAGAGUAAAAAGUGUAACUUCUCUUUUGUCCUCACCUUCCCCACCCCCCACCCCAAUCCUGUUCCUUUCCCUAUGGAUGGGUAGCCAAUUCUUGAAAGUUAGGUGUAUAUUUCUGAAUUUUUUGGUAUGCAUUUAACACACAUUUAUAGGUUUUUACAGACCAUAAAUGGCAUCAUACUUUACAAAUUAUGCAGUUGGAUUAUUUUGUUUAACAAUAUGUUUUGGAGAUCAUUCCAUGGCAGUAUUUCUUUUUAAGGAUUACAUAUUUUUACAUAGGACAAAUACUAUACCAUAUUUUAUUCAACUCAUAUUUUAAAUGUUUUCUAUUUUUCAUGAUUAUACACAAUGCUGCAAUAAACAACAGUUUUGGAUGAUU